GGGUGUGGGUGUAGAUGAAUUAAAUGAAGAACAUCAGCGUUCCAAGGUAAUCCGUAUCCAUCAUAUCACAUCACAUCUCUUCACAUCACUCCAAUAUUCUCUCUUCUAUCCUCUCUCUCUCUCUCUCUCCCUCUCCCUCUCUGUCUUCCUCCCCCUCGCCGUCGUCGCUUCAUUGUAGGAGACCUCUUUCUCGUCGCUCCAUACCAGUCCCGCAAAUCGAUAGCUUCUUCCAUUUGCCUGCUAAUUACCAUUCCAUAUUACAUUAUUUAUAUGCGUAAUUAGCAACCUUUUGCCUCCUUCCCCUUGCAUUAGCACCACGAAACAUCGAGAACCAGACAGCUCCAUUCCCUCAAACAACCUCCUAUUCGAUCGAUCAUUCCUUCUUCAACAAGACUUUGGAACAACUACUGCACUUCAAUAUGUCUCAACAACCUGAAGCUGUAAAUAAUAUGCAUAAUUUGACUACGCUCAUAAAACGACUCGAAGCCGCAACCUCUCGUCUUGAAGAUAUAGCUUCCUCUACCAUUCCACCACCUGCUUCAUCAUCCAUCCCUCUAAUUUCUCCUCCGGCCGAAGCUGCGAAAACAAAUGGCACAACUCCGCCGCCGCCAACGAUCCAAACACCAGAUAUCAAAAAGAUCAUCGAGGAUCCAAUCCCAGGAGUAGUCUCAGAGUUCGAUAAUUUUAUUCAGGGGGCGGUUAAGAAAUAUGUUAACUUGAGUGAUGAGAUUGGAGGGGUUGUUGCGCAGCAGGCAUCUAGUGUAUUGAAGGCAUAUGUCGGACAACGAAGAUAUAUUUUGAUCACUACAAAGUCAAAGAAACCUGGCAUGCAAGAUGAACCAUUCCAAAAGCUCAUCAAACCUCUUCAGGAUUCAUUUACUGCCGUUGAUGAUAUCCGAAAGUCCAAUCGUGCAUCUCCAUUCUUCAAUCAUCUCAGUGCUGUUUCUGAAAGUAUUGGUGUACUUGCCUGGGUUACAAUGGACAACAAACCAUUUAAACAUGUCGAUGAAUCAUUGGGAUCUGCUCAAUAUUACGGAAACAGAGUAUUGAAGGAAUUUAAGGAGAAAGACCCAAAACAAGUCGAAUGGAUUCAAGCAUUCUAUCAAAUCUUUAAAGAUCUCAGCGAAUAUGCUAAGGAUAACUUCCCAAACGGUAUUCCAUGGAAUCCAAAGGGUGAAGAUUUGGAAGUUGCGAUUAAGGAUGUAGAUGAAAAGGCUCCAGCCCCUCCUGCUCCUCAUCCAAAGGCUGCAACUGCUGGAGGUGCCGCACCACCACCACCCCCUCCACCUCCUCCUCCACCAGUCUUCGAUGACAUUCCAUCAAAGCCAGCACCAAACCAAGCAGAUUCAGGUGCUGGACUAGGAGCCGUUUUCUCUGAACUGAAUAAAGGAGCAGACGUUACAAAAGGAUUGCGCAAAGUGAAUGCUGAUCAAAUGACACAUAAAAAUCCUUCUUUGAGAGCAGGUGCUACAGUUCCCACCAGAAGUGAUAGUCAAUCCAGUAUUAAUUCGAACCGAGGAAAGAGUCCUGCUCCUGGUAAAAAGCCCAAGCCAGAGAGUAUGAGAACUAAGAAACCCCCUGUUAAAAAAUUGGAGGGUAACAAGUGGUUUAUUGAAAACUACGAAAACGAGUCUGAGCCAAUCACAAUUGAAGCAUCUAUUUCACACUCGAUCCUCAUUUCCCGCUGCUCAAAAACCACUAUUAUCAUUAAAGGAAAAGCAAACGCUAUUUCUAUUGACAACUCCCCUCGUCUUGCCUUGGUAAUUGAUAGUCUCGUCUCAUCGAUUGAUGUUAUCAAAGCACCAAACUUCGCACUUCAAGUACUGGGCACAUUGCCAACGAUUAUGAUGGAUCAAGUUGAUGGUGCUCAAAUUUACUUGGGGAAGGAGAGUUUGAACACGGAAGUCUUCACGAGUAAAUGUAGUAGUGUCAAUGUGCUACUUCCAGAUUUGGAGAGUGCAGACGGGGAAGGAGAUUACAAGGAGGUGCCGUUGCCCGAACAGUUGAGGACUUGGGUGGAGAAUGGAAAGGUCAAGAGUGAGAUUGUUGAACAUGCUGGAUAGAUUGGUUGAGAUGGAUUGUGGAGUUUGGGGAGAGGCUCUGGCGAAAACUUGUUGGGGGUGAGGGGUAAUGAGAUGUGAUGGAGAAUCUGGGUAGAUUUGAUAUUAUAGAGAUAGUUGAGUGAAGUUUUAUAUCAUCGCAUGUUAGUUGAAGUUUUCAGGCAGAGUAGAAGUCAAAGUUGAAUUGUACAUAUCUAUGUAUAUGUAUAUCCGAGGCUUGUCUCGCUUUGUUGUUUAGUAGAUUUCAAACCGAAGAUUUUCUACUCAUCAUAUCGUGCCGUGUGUUUUAUAUUGGGCGAUGUGUCGUUGUGCUUUUUCUCUCUCUAUCUCUUUUACUUUCAGGGAAAUAAAUAUA